AUGAUAAAUGCAUCGGCUUUAACGAGUACGGCUGGAAGUGAGAAAGUCGUUGUGGGGAGUGAAGGUGCCGAUGUAGCAUUGGAGCAGAAACUAGCUAUAAAGUCAAUCAGACUCUUUUUGAAGUCAAAAACGUCUUAUGAUGUUUUACCUGUUUCUUAUAGACUCAUUGUGCUUGAUACUUCGUUACUGGUAAAGAAGUCAUUGAACAUUUUGCUACAAAACAACAUAGUCUCAGCGCCCCUGUGGGACUCAACAACUUCAAAAUUUGCUGGACUAUUGACGAGCCUAGACUUUAUUAAUGUCAUACAGUACUAUUUUAGUAACCCUGAUAAGUUCGAACUGGUUGACAAGCUACAAUUAAAUGGGCUCAAGGAGAUAGAAAAGGCCAUCGGCGUUGAUCCCCCCGACAGGGAGUCUAUACAUCCGUUUAAGCCCCUAUAUGAAGCAUGCUGCAAAAUGAUUGAGUCGCGAGCAAGAAGAAUUCCACUUAUCGAUCAAGAUGAGGAAACCCAUAGGGAAAUUGUUGUUAGUGUUCUCACCCAGUAUCGUAUACUGAAAUUCGUUGCCUUAAAUUGCAGAGAGACAAGAUACCUAAAACGACCACUCUACGAAAUCGAUAUAAUCACUUCUGCCGAGAUGUUAAGUUGCUCUAUGAGCACGCCAGUAAUUGACGUGAUACAGUUGCUGGCUACCGGGGGUGUAUCUUCGAUUCCCAUCGUAGAUGAAAACGGCAAGCUUAUUAACGUCUAUGAGGCUGUAGACGUACUAGGUCUCAUAAAGGGAGGAAUUUAUAAUGAUCUUUCACUAAGCGUGGGUGAGGCUCUUAUGAGAAGAAGUGACGAUUUUGAAGGCGUGUACACUUGUACGAUAAGAGACAAGCUCUCAACUAUAUUGGAUACGAUCAGAAAGUCUCGAGUGCAUAGAUUUUUUAUUGUAGAUGAUGAAGGUCAUUUGACUGGUGUGUUGACGUUAAACGAUAUUCUGAAGUAUAUAUUAUACGCUGAAAACUGA